AUGGAACACGAUUAUUGGGAGGAGAGAGAGUGGGCACGGAGAGACGCAGACGAGAAGCCGAAGCCGUUGAGCGACACCCUCAAACAGUACUCUCUCGUGAGUCCGCACAAGUCCCUGUAGCCAGGCCACAAACUAGUUAAGAACAAACUAUCACGCGAACAUUGAAAGAUUGCAAGACCGAAAAUCUUCAUCAAUCCAAGUUUUUCAGACGAUCGCCGCGAUUUCAAUGCUGAGCCACGUGCUCCUGGACGGCCUUCUCUCCGUUUCCCUCCUUUCCGCACUAAUGUUCACUUAUGUGCUUUCCUAUCGAAAAGCCCGGGUCAACGUGGAUGAAACGUACUAUGAUUUGAGGAGAAACUACUACAAGGUACAGUAUCUUUCGUGGCAAGAUCUUCGCAGGAUUCUCUCCUUUUUCAGACUUCCACCUUCAUAUUCUCCUCCACUUUCCUCGCGAUUCUCCGCGUUGCCUUCAUUUCUUUGAGCGACGAGUCCCGAUUUUCAUUGGUGAGCCCAUCCACACCGUUCCAAUUCACUCCGUCUUCUUUCAUUUCAGUACCUCGCCUAUCUCGCUCUGUUUCUCGCGUUCACCGAGAAUCUUCAGAUGAUGAGCGAAGCGGAAUCGUACAGUCCUCCGCCGCCGCCGCCCGUUUACAGAUACAGAACUCCCAGAUAUGCUCCUGCCGGAUGA